UGAAAAAAAAGAAGAAAGCGCGUCGCAGUGGAUAAUCUCUGUUCUCCUUCCCAAAAUCCCAAUUCCGCCGAUUUGGGAUCACUUCCCUCUCUGCCUCAGUCUCAGAGCAGCUUCUGAGCACUUUCCCCUUUUCCUUUUGAACAAUCAGUGAGUCCUCUCUCUCUCUCAAGUAUCGCAGAGUUUUGCUGCUUAGAUCGAUCAGUUCAUAUCAAUCUCGCCUAAAUUUCAUUGUUAUAAUCCCAUUUAGCUCCCUCAUGUCGCUUCCAAAUGAAGAUGAUAUGUCUUCUUCCUCUGAUACUCAGAUUACGUCACAUAUUUUUGGGGAUCUCCUUGAUUCCAUUAUUGUUGAUGUUGCAUCUGAAUGUCAUCGAAUAGCGAAGUUGGGUCUUGAUCGUAAUUUUGAAGAAGAGGAAGAAGAACUAAGGCUGUCAGCCCAAGCACGGGUAAGGGUAGCUGAUCCUAGUAAUAGUGGUGAAGCAAAUAGCAAGUAUGUGGUUGACAUAUUUGGACAGAACCAUCCUUCUGUAGCCAAUGAAGUAUUUGAGUGCAUGAAUUGUGGUCGAGCUAUCAUGGCUGGGAGGUUCGCUCCUCAUCUGGAGAAGUGUAUGGGAAAGGGUAGAAAGGCUCGUGCCAAAGUGACAAGAAGUAGUACAGCUGCACAGACCCGGCAGUCACGAGGCAACCCUGCUUCCACAUACUCCACUUAUUCCAAUUCCAACAGCACAAGCCGGUUAUCAAAUGGAACAUCCGGUGUUGCAGGGGAGGAGUAUUCAAAUGGUGCAUUGGAAGAGCCAUAAAACAUUUUAAGCACUGGUGAGCUACUUGGAAGCAAUGGAUAUCGUUAAUUGCUUAGAUUGUCAUGUUUGUGUAAAGUGAAGGCAAAUUUUGAGUAGGCUUUUGUUGGUUUAGGCACUGCGAUAUAAUCUGACUUGGAGAGUAUAGUGAUCACAUUCUUUUUUUCAGU